AUGUCCCUCAAGUUCUUGCGCUGGGCAAACGAUCCAGAUAAAGUGCUCUCUUGGAUGGAGCAGUAUGACCUACCGCAGCUGCUGCAUCAGUCUGGUGGCCUGGUUAAGAUUUCCAACUUUCUUCCAGAUUUUGCUGCUCGAGGAGCGUUGGAGGUCUUAGAAGGACUGCGAGAAGAAGACUGGAAGAGGACAGAAGCAAAGAGAGAUGCGGAGUACAACAAUAUCAACCACAAGUUUCUAUCUUCAAAGAAAGGGCGAAACCUGCCCGAGCUGCUGCGAAUCAUCUCCGUGCUGCAGGUCACUUGCUCACGAGACAUCGCCGUGAUCUACUACCUCACCAAGGACUGGAAGGAAGAGAACGGGGGAGCGCUAGUGGACGUUGAGACAGGGAAGAGCUUUCAAAAUCCCGAGAUACCAUGCGGUGAGUCCCAGGAGGACGAGGACGAGGAGGACGAAGAGGAGUACAAGAAGGAGGGGGACGAGGGCGAGGGCGAGGGCGAACUGGAGAGACACGACGAGGAUGAGAAGGAGUUGGAGAGACAGGAGAAGGAUGAGAAGGAGUUGGAGAGACAGGAGGAGGAUGAGAAGGAGUUGGAGAGACAGGAGGAGGAUGAGAAGGAGUUGGAGAGACAGGAGGAGGAUGAGAAGGAGUUGGAGAGACAGGAGGAGGAUGAGAAGGAGUUGGAGAGACAGGAGGAGGAUGAGAAGGAGUUGGAGAGACAGGAGGAGGAUGAGAAGGAGUUGGAGAGACAGGAGGAGGAUGAGAAGGAGUUGGAGAGACAGGAGGAGGAUGAGAAGGAGUUGGAGAGACAGGAGGAGGAUGAGAAGGAGUUGGAGAGACAGGAGGAGGAUGAGAAGGAGUUGGAGAGACAGGAGGAGGAUGAGAAGGAGUUGGAGAGACACGAGGAGGAUGAGAAGGAGUUGGAGAGACAGGAGGAGGAUGAGAAGGAGUUGGAGAGACAGGAGGAGGAUGAGAAGGAGUUGGAGAGACAGGAGGAGGAUGAGAAGGAGUUGGAGAGACAGGAGGAGGAUGAGAAGGAGUUGGAGAGACAGGAGGAGGAUGAGAAGGAGUUUCCAGUGGUCACUUGUCUGAUUGCUCCGCAGGUUGAACCUGUGAAGGGACUUCGCCCUCGCUACUCCAUCUUCGGCUGGUUCCUUACUGAAGGCAUCCUCUACGACCUCUAUCGGUCGGGACCUCCUCCCCCUUGUGGCAGCCCCAGCAUACAGCACUCACAUGAUGGCAGGGGAGAAGAAGAACAGGCGAAGACGGUGUCAAGUAGGCGCAAGAAGCUGUCAAGGAAGCGUCUCCUUCCCUCAAAAUUCUUCGGUCUCGGUCCUCGUCCAAACCUCCACUCUCGUCGGUUCAAACAUCCCCUCCUCGCAAACUCAAGGUCUACAACGAGUCUAGCGCGGUGA